AUGAAAGAGGUAAAAUUAAAGAUAGAUGUGGAGAAGGUGGUGCACACAUGCCUGUCUAUUAUAAAAACCAAAGUGCCUCUCAAACACGACACCAAAAAAGAGCAUCUGUAUCUAGUGAUGGAUAUCUUUGAGAAGAGUCUAGAAGUGGAAAAUUGCACGCUUGAUAAUCAAGAAAAGGAAAUGAUCCUGCUGCUAGUUUUAAGCAAUAUAUAUCUAUACUUCACAUACAAUCCAUAUGGAAUAGAAGCUAUAAAUAAUCUGCACCUGGCAUUAAAGGCUAGAGAGCUGAAAGACAUCAAACAUUGGGCUAUUCAUAUGAUGAAUGAAGUCAUAAGGCCAAAUACACUUAUAUACAGGCCAGAGCAUGGAAUACAUAGACAAGUUAGCAAAAAUGAAGCAUUAGAGAGGAUAGACCCAGAUGGCGAAAAGGGUGGCCUAAGUCCUCGGACAUGCACACUGACAAUCGACGACACAAAGUUUUUGACUCUGGAGAGUUUGCUUAAUUCGAACCUAGAGAGCCUGGACAGGGAGUCUUUCUCUGAUAUAGCACAUUUAACCAAAAAACUAAACAUCGGUGCUUUAAAAAAAUACUCAAAAACACAAAGCUACUACAGCUUGGAACAACUGUACACUCUAACAAAAAACGACAUGGCAUUAGUAGAUCUUGGACUGAAGACUAUUUUUGAAAAAUAUCAGGAAAUCAAAAGUCUACUCAAUGUAAUCAAAGAAACAGAGAAUCUUUCCUAUGCUGACAAAGAAGUAGCAAAAGAUGUUAAAAAACUAUUUAGAAUUGAAGGAGAGUUGGAAAUGGUUAUAUCCAUCAAAGACAACAUAAAGAAAAUUGAAUCUGAAAAAACAGCACAAAAGGCUGUCAUCAGUGCAAUAGAAUACAUGGCAAACAGCACUCCUCUUUUGAAAGAGAUGUCUAGCUCAAACACAUUGAGAAUACACCCUAGUCUUCUUAAUUUUGACAGAUACUAUAUAUCUGGAGACGACGGCCUGGUGCAAAUAGUGAACCAAAAAAAAGAGGAACGAGCUAAAAAAAUAGCACGGAGUGCUCUAGCUUUAGAGAAAGAGAAGAAAAGAAAGACUCCAAAUGCAAUAUAUGUUAACAACCUAGAAAACGAAAAGUAUUUGCUGGAAUGCGAGCAGAAGAAAGACGAGUUGCAGCUUAGUAUCCCGAAAAACAUGCACUUCUUGUUUGAAAUAAGCCCAGAUCAGAUAGCAUACAUAAUAAAAAAGAUGGAAAAGUUUACAAAAGCAAGAAAGAUAGGAGUAGAAAUAAUGGAGACAUUGGAGGUGAUCUUUCGUAAAAAAAAGCUAACCAAAAGAAACAUUCUUAAAAUGUUCGUGCUCAGCGCCAUUGUUAUAGUAGUGUCCGGACUAAUGGUUGCUUAUUUAAGAAAAAAAAUAGAAUUUUCUCGUGUUGUUAGCUUGAACCACAAAGGACACACUAUCCCUGAAGUAAAACAGGUUAAAAGCAGCAAAGAGCUGUGA